AUGGAAAAAUGUUCGGUACAACGCUUCCUUCUGGUGACAAGUGAUGACUUUGGCUACAGUGAAGAAAGAGAUGAUGGAAUUAUUGAGUGCUACAAGUCAGGGGCAAUAACUGGGGCAGUUGCCAUGGUGAAUGGAAUCUCUGUUGCCACAGGAGUUAUCAAGGCCAAACAGGCUGGAAUGCCUCUAGACCUUCACAUGAACUUAACUGAGGGGUUACCAGUGGGACCCAGGGAGGGGCAAUAUCAAACGCUGGUCAACGAGAAAGGAAUGUUUCUGGGUAUACAGGGCUUCAGAGACGCUGUGAGUAGGGGAGAUGUAGACAUGGCAGAGGUUCGAGAGGAGAUGAUUGUACAGGUACAGCGUUUUGCUGAGCUUACUGGACACACUCCGGUAAAGGUGGACGGUCACCAGCAUUUCCAUACACAUCCAGGCAUAGUGAAUGUAUACGCAGAGGUGCUGCGUCAACAUGAUAUCAAGAUGUCGAGGGUACCAUUAGAAGAAGGUGCCCCACUUAACGCUUACAAGGAGUUCUUGGUCAAUGUCAUUGAAGAGUCAAAGAGGUGCAAAAACGAUUUUCAAGCAAAUGGAAUCAGGUAA